AUGGCGCAGCGUAAUCCCCGGAUCCGCACAGCGCGCAGGUUCGUGUCCCAGCUGAGUGCGUCGUACACGUCGACGAGGAUUCACUGCGAAAACAUCCCUGGUCUCGUGCGGCGCCAGAGGGUGCUAUGUGAGCGGCACCCCGACGCCAUGCUCGCCGUGACCGAGGGUGCCACGAUGGGCGUCCAGCAUUGCCAGAAGCAGUUCCAGGAUUCCCGUUGGAACUGCUCCACCAUUCCACGAGAUGCGUCUGUGUUCGGGAGACACGUUCUGCGAAGUACGAGGGAAUCUGCCUUUGUCUACGCCAUCAACAGCGCGGGGGUUGUGCAAGCGAUCACGCGAGCUUGCAGUCGUGGCGCCAUCAUGAACUGCGCCUGUGACAUCACCAAGAAGGGGAGCCACAGGGACCGGAUGGGGCAGUUCACCUGGGGCGGCUGUUCCGACAACAUCCGCCACGGCACUGCCUUCGCCCGACGCUUCAUCGACGCCCAUGAGAGGCGGCAGCGAGACGCCCGCGCCCUCAUGAACUUGCACAACAAUCGGGCGGGACGUAAGGCCGUCCGCAAACAAAUGCGUCUCGAGUGCAAGUGCCACGGCGUCUCGGGAGCCUGCACCGUCCGCACUUGCUGGCAGACCGUGGCCUCGUUCGGGUCCACGGCGCGCUGGCUCAAGAGGAAGUACGACGGCGCCACCGAGGUCAGCAUGAGGCCCGACGGCGCUGGCCUCAUCCCGCGCCACGGGGACCACAAGGCGCCGAGGAAGACCGACCUGGUGUACCUGGAGCCUUCGCCGGACUACUGCGGGGAGGACUCGUCGUCAGGGUUCGCGGGCACGGGCGGCCGCCAGUGCAACCGCACCUCGCAGGGCACGGACGGGUGCGACCUGCUGUGCUGCGGCCGAGGAUACGACACCCAGCGGAGACUGAUCACGUCGAAGUGCGAGUGCAAGUUCCAGUGGUGCUGCUUCGUGGCCUGCAAGACCUGCGAGACGUGGCGGGACCUGCACUUCUGCAAGCCCAAGCAAGACCCGCUGCCGCUGCACUGACAUGCGAUGAUCCUGCGCGGCCUCUCGCUCCUUUCCCCCUCCGUGAGAGCAGUUGUUAGCGUGUCAGAAGUGAUAACACGAGAAGUGAAAUGUAGUGAUUAGUGACCACGCGGCAGAGUCCAGAUCGGAGGUAAACAUGACAGAGGGGUUGCCACGUGGCUCCAGGCGGGUCCUGGACGCGACCUCGGACUCUCCACCGUGGAAGACGCUCUCGACACGUGACCAGCGCGAAGAGGCGGUCACUCGGCGCUCCAAGUGCUACUUUCGUAACACCUGUGCUACAUGUGUGCUCCGUAUGUGCUUGGACACUAGGGCUGCCCACAGCACUUAAUGAACCCAGAAGUCUAGCAUGUUCUUAAAGACGUAAAUCAGUGAAAUGGCUUGAGUUAUGGUGACAGCCUCUCUCCGCAGAUGCGCCCAGCGAGAAUUGACUGAGGUUGUAAAUUCACAUGCACGAGCCGGACAAUGAGAGGACCUGCACGGGGCGUUGUGGCGAGGUGUGGCUGGUGACUAGGCUGAGUGGGUGAAGUAAUUACAAAGCUCAGGUAGUAAGGUAUGACGCAGCUGCCCUCAGGCGCUGCAUCUCGCACAAUAUACAAGAAAAUCUGCAGCCGCGUCUGUUUGUGCGUGGAUUGGUUUGUGUUACGUGUGGGUGUGCGUGAGUGUUUGUGUGCGGAUUUUUUGUGAACAUGCCCAUUUUUGGGUAUGUGUAUGCAUGUGUGUGUAUACCACAGCGAAUGUGCGCACGUGUUCUUUUGUGGACACGCCUCGCUACACAUAUCGCUGUACACGGAUACGCACAGGCGUAGAGAACGGCGAUGUCUGAAAAUACCACGAAGAUGUCAGCGCCACCGCGUGUACACGCCGGUGGACGUCGCUCGCCGGAACAUCCCUGGUGUAGAUACUGCGAUACGUAAACCUAGUGAGAUUAUGUAGUUGGUAAACCCCGAAUAUUAGGCAUAUGUUUUUCUUCAAUUAAGCUUGCAUGUGGAUGUGAUCCCUCACUGGAAAACCUGCUUCAGGCAUCUUGGCAUGCGGGCCAUGACCUGGGG